UUGCGUCAUUAUGCUUUCCCGAUUUGUUUCUGUUGCGUGUGGGGGCAUUGAUAAGGAGAGUUGCAAUGUCGGGUCGAGGAAAACAGGGCGGCAAAGUGCGGGCUAAGGCAAAGUCUCGUUCUUCUCGUGCUGGCUUGCAGUUCCCGGUGGGCCGCGUUCAUCGGCUUCUGCGGAAAGGUAAUUACGCUGAGCGAGUUGGAGCUGGAGCUCCUGUGUACAUGGCUGCCGUGCUAGAAUAUCUGACUGCUGAAAUUCUGGAGUUGGCUGGUAAUGCUGCUCGGGAUAACAAGAAAACUAGAAUCAUCCCCCGCCACCUGCAGCUGGCUAUUCGUAAUGACGAGGAACUCAACAAGCUGCUGGGGAAAGUCACCAUCGCUCAAGGGGGUGUUCUGCCCAACAUCCAGGCUGUGCUACUGCCCAAGAAAACUGAAAGCCAUAAAGCUAAAAGCAAGUAAAGCCGGUGUAGAAGAAACGAGAAGUCAGAAUUUGCUUAAAAUAACCCAAAGGCUCUUUUCAGAGCCACCCACAAUAUCAGAAAAGAGCUAAAUUAUUUGUUUUUAUCAAUACAGUAACGUGAGUAUUCAUAUUAACUAUGAGCAACUUUUUUUCAUAAUAUUUCCUAUAUUAUAUAUAAAUGAAUGUGCCUUUCUAAUCGGCAGAUGUAUUUCAAUAGAUUUCUCUGUUAUAACUUAAUAUUUCCUUUUUAAGAAUAAAAUGCUAUUGUAAUUAUAUAAUAAAGGGAAAUGUAUAAAAGCUGGAAUGGCAUUUAAGUGCAUAGAUGUUCUGUGUAUUAUCCACCUUCCUACUCCUUUUAUUGGGGUUGCUUUGUCUCAAAUGGAAGGUCACUCUGAAAAGGUAUCUUCACAAAUUAGAGUGGCAGAAAUACAAAAAUACCAAGAUAUGUGUAGAAUAUAAUAAAUUACAUGUAUUAAUCAGAUAAAAGCUAAAAGCAGCAUACAUGUUUGAAAAUGAACCACUAGAACACACUUAGAGGAGCAGAAUGUGUUCAAAUUAGCCUCUCAAGUCACUGGACAUGAUGCCAAAAUAUUGAAGUUAUAGAAAUUCCCCAGAGGAAAUGAGCAACCACCUGCUGCACUGAUCUAUUCUUGCUUUGGGGGGGCUUUUCAAAUUCAGUAGUUGUCUGCAUUUCCUGCCUAGUCAACUGUUCUGUUUUCCUUCCUUCUAUCUUCCCUUCUACUUUGCUGUACUUCAAACAUGGACAUGGACAUGGACACCAGUGGUCUCCAACCUUUUUUACACCCAAGAUCAUUUUUUAAAUGUCAGGACAAGCUGAAAUCUACCCCACCCCUUCCUUGAAACAUCACUCUCUGUUCUCCAUCACUUGCUGUCCCUAACCCUUACUCACCACUCUCACUGGACUGAAAUGGAAGGUGAGGGCUCUGGGGUGGGAAUGAGGGAUUUGGCUGUGGGAAGGGGUGAGAGGUGCAAGCU